AUGACCGCGAAGGCAGUGACGAGAACUCGACUAUUGCACGUAGCAGUCGUCGCCUUCUACGCCGUGCAGACAUCCCACGCCAAGUACAGACCCAACUGGAAAUCCCUGGAUACCCACCGUGCCCCCGAAUGGUAUCAUGAUGCCAAGAUCGGAAUUUUCAUCAACUGGGGCUUGUUCUCCGUGCUUGGUUUUGAGGACGAAUCCCUGUGGUACAAAUGGAAACACGGCCUAGACCCACAGGUCGCCGACUACAUCAAAAAGAAUUAUAAACCCUCAUUCACUUAUCAAGACCUCGCGCCGAUGUUCACUGCGGAUUUCUUCAAUGCGACCAAGUGGGUCGAACUAUUCGUCGCAUCAGGCGCGAGGUAUGUCGUCUUAACCAGCAAACACUCCGAUGGAUACGCCCUGUGGCCUUCGAAGGUUUCACCCAAGUGGAACUCUAUGGACGUUGGACCACGGCGAGACUUUAUAGGUGAACUUGCAAGAGCCAUAAAGAAGAUAGCUCCUGAUACUCAUUUUGGUCUCUAUUAUUCCCUCAUGGAGUGGUUCCACCCACUGUACUUGCAAGACAGAGCACACUAUACCAGGAAAUUCCCGAGGGAAAAGACAAUACCAGAACUACGACAACUCGUUCUCGGAUAUCAGCCCGAGAUGAUAUGGUCCGAUGGCGACCGGCAAGAUCCGGAGAGCUACUGGAAUAGUACAGGUUUCCUUGCGUGGCUCUACAACGACAGCCCCGUUAGAGACACUAUUGUGUCCAACGAUCGGUGGGGCACCGCGACCAGGAACAAGCACGGAGACGUCUGGAGUGAAAUGGACAAGAAGAGCACGAUGCCACAUGUGGAACACAAGUGGGAACACCGCGUAUCGCUUAAUCGGGCACCGUGGGGGCACCGUCGAAACUCGCAGCUGGCAGACUACUUAUCCAUCCAAGAGUUAUUGGCAGAGAUCGCCAAGACGAUCAGUUGUAACGGUAAUGUAUUGAUCAGUGUUUGUCCGACGAAAGACGGCGUCAUCAGUCCGAUCUACGAGUUGCUGUUGCGUCAGCUCGGGGCGUGGCUGAGGAUAAACGGAGAAGCCGUCUACGGAACGAGGUCCUGGCUUAUCCACCAUGACACUGCCAGUAAUGACGUAUGGUACACUGCCAGUAAAGACGGACGCGUUGUGUACGCGUUCGUUCUGACGUGGCCGAAAGACGGGAAACUGAUAUUGAGAAGCAUCGAUGCUGGAAGUUGGGUGCGACUGUCGAUGCUGGGCUACAAGGAGGAGCUUAGGUAUGAGCUUCUAGAACCUGGCUUAGUGAUAUUCUUCCCAAACGCGGAUCUGAACCUGCUCCCGUCGACGUGGGCAUGGGUAGUGAAGAUUGAAGAAGCCGAGACCAUUGAGUCGAUUGCGCAGGAAGCCGGAGUCAUGAACUGGGCAACUAUGGUACUAACUCCGGUCCACUCGGGCCAGUUAAGAACGCAUUCCCUCCUCUUGUACUCUUCGGUAGCUGUGACCCUAUUCACCUUUGCGAUGUUUUUACCUCGGUUUGGAAAAUAUUUCGCCAGAAAAUGUACGAAAUAA